AACCCACGGACCAGUUUGUGCGUAGCAGAAGUCGUCAGCUGAUUGGCUGGAAACUUGUUGUUUUUCAAACAUACAAGCGGAAGGCGUCGGUGACAAUGAAAGCAAUAGCGAACGCAUGAAAGACAUCAAGCAUUUUCAAGCGAAGCUUUGAGCAAAUACCUCUGACAUCUGAUAUAACACGCAGAAUUAUACAUUUUGAUAAUUCCCAUGCUAUUUCCGUAUUGCAUGAUGCUAGUGUGCAUGAAUAAAUGACUGUGGCAUGGCAGGCGAAAAUUUAUGACUUACAUUGUCCAAUGUAACUGUAAGCUAAGCAGACGUCAUAGUCGUUAGGUAAAUGCUAUAGCGUUUUGUAGGAAAGGUAGCUUGACAUCGCUGAAUACUCACAUAUCAUGGACCAUUUUCACAAAAUGUUGCCCUUGCAAACUAUUGCUACCAGCAACACCAUGCACAACUUGAUGUCUCCAAAGAUGACGGGCUUCAAAAGAGUGAAUUCUCCAAUGACAAACCUGACCCAGAAUCUCCGAGAGCUCACCACAGAAGGGGAAACUCCACGCAGGAAACUGUCGCUGUCAAACAUAGAAACACCAAAUUCAUCCAACAAAGAAGUCUCUGUACCUAUUUUUUCAACCAAGUUGGGAUGUUUCUUAGAGUCACCGAUGCAGAUUAACAGCCCAACUCUCAGUGAUAGGAGCCAGUGCAUUCCCCUUGGCCUGCGUCGGUUCAACAGUAUGCCCCUAUCCAGACUCAACAUCAACAUUAGCCCUGAGUCUGAGACCAUACACUCGUCCCACCAGUCCACUCCCCAGGCCCUCAGUUGCUCUGUACGUAGUCCUGGACUGCAGGACUCGGACUCAGGCAGUGACAAGGAGAACCUCAGUGACAGCGGUGGGAGCAGCCUGGGCUCAGAUGGGCAGCGUGACCUGCGGGUGGCGUACCUGUCGGAGGAGAGCUGCUCCCAGGACAGCGGGCUUGAGGCGGACCGUGGCUCCGACAGCCGGGAUAGCAAGGACCAGGAUGAUGGCUUCAUGUUUGCUGCCCCCAAGGGGCUGCCCCGGCGCCGCCAGGUGAAGCUUAUAAGUGAGGAGACGUGCUCGCCAUUCAAAUACUCGCCCGUAAAGAACUGCUCCCCGUCCAAGGUCCACAGCUCCUGUCGCAAAGGAUCGCUGGAUUUUUCUGGCGAGUUCACCAAGCCUGCAGGUGAGGAGGGAGACGAUAGCCCUCUGAAGCUGUGUAGGCUUACAAGCUUGGAUGAAGGGCUGGGUGGGGAGGAUGGGUUCCUGGACCUGAUGGACGCCGAGGUGGCAGCCCUCACCGCCCCUCCAACCUCCGCCAUGGCCAGGCUGUUCAACGCUCCUGUCAUCAACAGGCAGACAGGACUGACAGCGGCGACACACGACGAUGACAAUACACCUGUGACCCGUAGAGUGAAGAGCAGGCGUAACAUUUCACGGCACAUGUCAGUGGACGUGGGGCGGCGGCGGCCUUCUUUGAAGCGUGACCUCCCAGACGGGGACGACUCGCCAAUGCAGCUGUCCCUGAAACAUCCGCAGGACGAGAGUACGCCAAAGCAACAACAGAAACGUCACCGUCCUUCCUCCGUCACCGAGUCACCUACCUCAACGUUUCAGGUAUCGAAGCCCAUGCUCCACCGCUGCCACUCUGAGUCAGAGGCAAUGAUUAAAUCAGCACUGGCCAGACAGGCGGACGAACCAGACCUGGUGGGAGACUGCUCCCGGACAUACUGCCUGCCAACUUUCAAGGGAAAGCAUGACGACUUGAAGUCUAUAUCGGGCGAGACCCUAUCGCAUGUGCUGGAGGGGCGAUACUAUGAGGAUAUAGAGCAAGCCAUCAUAGUGGACUGCAGAUAUCCGUAUGAAUUCGAUGGGGGGCAUAUUCAGGGAGCAAAGAACAUCUACUCCUCGGAGCAGAUAAUCCAUGAGUUCCUGAAGACCCCCCUGGUCCCUUGUGACCCCACCAAGAGGAUCGUGCUUGUGUUCCACUGUGAGUUCUCGUCUGAGAGGGGCCCAAGACUCUCUCGAUUCCUGCGCAGCCAGGACCGGAUGAUGAACAAGGACUGCUACCCUCACCUGCACUACCCGGAGAUCUACCUACUGGAGGGCGGCUACAAGGCGUAUUUUGAGACAGAAAAGCACUUCUGUGAGCCGCCCAUGUACAAGCCGAUGCUCCACAAGGACCACGCUGAGGAUCUCAGGCAUUUCCGAGCCAAGUCCAAGUCCUGGGCCGGUGAACAGCGAUGUACGCGCCCGGGAUUCAGACCUCUCAAGUUCUGAGUCCUGCAGUCAUCAUGGACCUCUUAACCUAUCGGUCCUUAAUCAUUCAUGAUUUUCACACAUUAUCACUGGCUCAGAUUCUUAAUACAUUAUCAGACAAAAAAUAGGCAGCAUUGAAUGCAUAUAUAUUGAAAGGGACAUUUAAUACUAUUAUCAUUGUAAAGUUUUUACUUAUGUUUUUAUAUUUUUAUUUUGUUGUGUUACACUUUAUAUGAGAGCUUAUAUAUACCUACUCACUGGUUUUUGUACAGCACCUAAGCCAGGAGGUUACUUUGUUGAAUCGUCUUGGUUAUACAUGGAGUGCUCUAGUUUAUGAAUGUACAAACUGUAUAGGUCUCUGUGAAUACCCCACCACAGUAGGUUGUUCAUUGUUAUGCCAGUCACUGGUAAACUGCAUGCAAAAAACACAGUGUAACACUGGCGUAAUAAUGUUCUUAAUGCUGUGAAGCAGCUUGUAAAUCUAUUGUACAUUAUAGCGACAUAAUAUUGUACAUUAUAGAUUAUAACACCAUAAUUAUGUUUCGUAAAUAGAAAAGAGUGCAUGUUCUAUCAUGCCUAUUCUUUAAAGCAUCUCAUUUCUAUUCUUUGCUCUCUAUUUCUGUCCUCUUCUUUGUGAAUCAGUUGUGUGUGACCGUGAGAUAGUUAUACAUGGUUUUGUGGAAAAUGACGGGAAAUAGUUCCACUUGUCUUGGAGUGUUUCCUAAUGAGAUGUGUGUGUGUUUGUGUUUCUAUUUAUGUGUAGUAACUUAUCAGUGUUGGUUGUCGUAAUGCAAAUCCAUUACAAUGUGUGCUAUUUAGGGUUAUUUAUUUCUGCAAAGAAACUUAGUGUCACUAUUCAUUUCAAUCAUAAGCUAUCAACAAUCAUAUCAAUUCACACUUUUAAACAUUUUACUGCAUUCCAAUUUUACAUUUUUAUUGUAAACCUCAAUGUGUUCAAACUGAAUGUGUUCACAGUUCUAGCAAAAAAGUUUAAACAUGCAACCAUGUACUACUAAGUAUUUGUUGUGUCAGCAUUUUAUAUUUUUACUUCGUAAAUAUUUGUCAUUUAUUUAUUUGUGUACUUUAUAUUUAUUUAUUUGUUUUGUUCAUGUCAUUUACCUAGCUUUUGUUGCUUAGUUUUCUCCCUUAAAGAAAGAUGAUCUAUCUGCAGAAGUUAAUGCGUCGAGCCUCAUUCUGCGAAAACUGGUCUUAAUGCAUGUGCAUAAAACUGUUGUCCAAAGUUCGCCUGCGCAAUUUGCACAAGCUUAUAAGAGAUGAAAUUUUCCUCCUAGACUGGAUUUUUGUUUAGGAGAGGGUUCCUUUAAACGCAAAAUACCACAAAAGCCGGAACAGUUGUAGACUGCACAGGCUUAUCUGGGUGACACUUUAAGCACAUGCAUAAAGCCUUAUUUUCUUAGAGAAGCCCAAUUGAUAAAAACAAACAACUUUUUUCCUUUCUUAUAAUUUCCUUUGUACUGAUAAUAUCACUUUAAUAACGAAUCAUGAAAUAAUUGAUGUUUUAUAUAUACUUGCCUUGACAGAAUGCGUUAUUUUGAUGGGUAACAGCAUAGGGGAGAGAACUCUGUUAUAGCUCUGUAGUAGCAAAACUGUAGCUCAUUAAAGAAAUAUAUCAUUAUAA